GGGCGCGCGCGCUCCACGUGCGGUGGGAAACAUGGAGCUCGCAGAAGCGCCUCUGGAGCAGAAGCACGAGGCAGAGGCGGCAACUUCGCGGGACUUACUUUUGUGUGGCAACGGAGGAGGACUUCGUGACACAUUGCUGAUAAAGUCGAAGCCCUCGAAGAAGAGUGGCAGCUUGCAGACCACACAUGUCCCCAGAAGUAAUGUGUUGGACAGGCUGCAGCGCUUCCUUCCUCAGAUCGCCCAAGCCAACGAGAAGCUCAGACUAGAGAUGGAGUCCUCUCCGGCCGGUCGGUUUGACAUCGAGAACGUGGAGGAGUUGGAGAAAGUAAUCGAAAUGGAUGUUGCCUUGGUAGAGCUUGGGGACUCUGACAGUGAAACAGAGGAGGAAACAUCAGAUGACAGUUCCUCAACGGACUCAGAAGAGGAUAGUGAGGUCACUGAGAAUAACCUCAAGCUGCCCGGAGAGAGAAAGAAAGGGAAAGCUAACAUAACGGUUGUACAAGGGGAUGCAGUGUAGUGAUCUCACUUGUCCUUUGCAAAGCUGAUCCUGGAUUCCACUUCAGCGUGAAUGCAGGGAGUUGUGCUCUGAAUGGAAGACACACCCAUGUGUACAAAUGAGAUGGUGCUUGAGGCCUUGGAACAAAGGCUAGAUUCUGUAUAAGGCUGAUUGUCAGGAAGCGCUUUCCACAUUGUGUUCCAGUUUCAGCCCCAGAUUGAUUGUGUUAGAGCACAUGAAUACAAAUGGGGAUCCCUUAUCACACUCCCAGUUCUUAGACAACUGAGAGACAUGUGGCAUAACCAUUUAAGGGACCAAACUGGUUACUAAAGGUUGUAGGUUCGUGUCUGGAAGAACUCUUUGUUUUUUCAGUACAGUGAGGAUCUGCCAGUUCACUUCAUAGCCUUGUUCAAAAAAAAA